ACUGGUCAAAGUCAGCCUUGGAACUUUGAAGGGUGGUCCAAGCAUCUAGUGCAUAAGGCUGAAGAAUCAUGACUCUUUGUUGCGACCAAAACUUGGUGAGAUUGGGCUAUUUUCGUUAUUCAUCUGCUUCAUAUUACCCUUCCUUCCAUUGAUGAAUAGAGAUAUUCUUAUUUUCUUCUUCUUUUUCUUCUUCAUUUUAAGAAAACCCUAUGCGACAGAUGAAAACUUCAGAAUCUGUAACGAGACAAGAAAGUGUGGUAAUCUCAGCAUAAACUUCCCAUUCUUCAUGGAGGAAUCUCGAUGUGGUUAUCCUGGAUUCAACAUCUCCUGCAAAAACAACAUCAACCCCAUCGUUAGCUUGCCGAAUGAUGGCGACUAUAUCAUCCAUAAUAUCUUUUACCAGAACCAAUCUUUUCACAUCUCAAGAGCCGAUCCUUUCGACGGCGACGAUGUUUGCAGCAAUUCAAUUCGAAGCAUAUCCAUUCCCGAAGACCGAUUUUUUCUCCCACCAAGCCAAGUAAACAUGAGUUUGUUCUUCGAUUGCGUAUCAGUCUCGGAGUUGCCCAGAUCUCUUGGUUUUUAUAAGGUUAUUUGUGACGCUAAAUAUGGAACUAAUGUAACUUUGUCGCAGUAUAGUUAUGAUGAUUCUCAGCUGAGUUAUGCAUCAAAGUAUUGUAAUAAGACUGUGGUGUUGCCGGCGCCGGUGGAUCUUCCCGGCAAUGAAACCGGUGUUGAAGGUAUAUUGAACCGAGGGUUUAUUUUGGAAUGGAAAUCGAGCAAGUGUAGCGUUUGCGAGGUGAGUGGUGGAAAGUGUGGAUUCGAUGAUAAUACCAACAAUUUCAAGUGCUUUUGCCAGGAUAGGCCUCGCCCUUCCAGUUGUGCUCGGGGAAAAAAUUCACACGCCCAUAUAAAACUUGUAGUAGGGUAUUCUAUUGCUGGGACAGUAGUGUUGAUUAUUCUCCUGGCUUGCUUUAUAAGAACAUUCUCAUUCAAUGUUAGAAGAUUUAUUUGGCAGAUUAAAGUAGAAGGAGAUAAAAAGAUUGAAGCAUUCUUAAACCGCCAUGAAUUCUUAACUCCAAAAAGGUAUAAAUAUUCAGAUGUGAAGAGCAUGACCAAUUCAUUUCGAGAUAAAUUAGGUAAAGGUGGCUAUGGAGAUGUUUACAAAGGGAAACUACUUGAUGGACAACAUGUAGCAGUGAAGAUUUUGAAUAAAUCGAAAAGUAAUGGGGAAGAUUUUAUGAACGAGGUAUCAAGCAUUAGUAGAACCUCCCAUGUCAACAUAGUCCUAGAAUCGACCAAACAUAUCACGGUAGUCCUAGAAUCGACUAAACCGUGGCUCUGAUACCAAUAAAAUUGUAACACCCCAAACCCGAGACCGUUGCCGGUGUCGGUCACGAGGGGUUAACGAGCCAAAACCACUUAUAGCACCGACCAAUUUGACAUUUCCAGACAGGCUGGAGAACUACAUCACUGUCGCCUUAAAAAGCAUAUCUCGAGUUUCAAAACUCGGAAACUGAUUCUGUAAAUUUUCCCUGAAUUUAGACUCAUAUAUCCAUCCAUGGAUUUAUUUCUAGAA